ACGAAAAAUUGUUUAAUUUAUCCUUACUGGGAGAAUCACAGCGAGAUCGAGCGACGCCGACGCAACAAGAUGACGCACUACAUCAACGAGCUGGCGGACAUGGUUCCGCAGUGCGCCGCUCUCGGACGCAAGCCAGAUAAGCUGACCGUUUUACGGAUGGCCGUCUCUCACAUGAAGUCCAUUCGAAGUACUGUCACUUGUUCAUCCGCCGCAAAUGGAUUUCUUUUCGUUGUAGCUUGCGACACGGGAAAAAUGUUAUACGUCGCCGAUUCUGUGUUUCCGAUCCUCAACUUAACAGAGUGCAUGAACCAGACGAUCUUUGACCUUGUCCAUCCAGAGGACGUGGAAAAGGUGAAGGAGCAGUUGUCGCCUUACGAUCUGACCAUGUCUAGCAGCGUGUUGGACUUCAAAAGUACUUCGAUGGGUCGCGUUCACACUAGUUCGCGGAGGGGGUUCAUUUGCAGGAUGAAGAUUGGUCUUAACCAUGGCAGUGUUAAUCAUCUUUCGCGUCUCCGAAACCGACGGCCGAUCUUCCACCAUGGUGGCAAUCAUUACGUCAUUAUACACUGCACUGGGUACACGAAGAACUGUCCACAACAGCGAUGUUUGAUCUGCAUAGGAAGAUUGCAGGUUUCCAGUAUGCCGACGUGCCACGAGUUUUCCAACUCGUCGCAGGAGUUCAGCACCAGGUUUAACCAAGACGGGGAAUUCACGUUCGUCGAUCACAAAAUCUCUUCUACCUUGGGCUACCGUCCUCAAGAACUUCUUGGACAGUUCUGGUGGCGAAACGUCCAUCCCGAAGAUCAGAACGCUGUUCGCGAAGCUUUUCAUCGUGGUACGUGUUUAACAUCUUUCCAAAACUUUUACACUAUUCGUGAAGAUAUUGGGGGGUGGGGAGGGGCUAUUGAAUGCCGCCCUGUUUGA